GUGCAAUGGUGCGAUCUCUGCAAACUCCGCCUCCUGAAUUCAAGCGAUUCUCCUGCCUCAGCCUCCCGAGUAGCUGACACUACAGUUCCUCUGGACUUCUCUGGACCACAGUCCUCUGCCAGACCCCUGCCAGACCCCAGUCCACCAUGAUCCAUCUGGGUCACAUCCUCUUCCUGCUUUUGCUCCCAGUGGCUGCAGCUCAGACGACCCCAGGAGAGAGAUCAUCACUCCCUGCCUUUUACCCUGGCACUUCAGCGCAACCCCAAGGAACCUGGGACCCGCCCCCUCGCAGGGGGACUUCCUCUCUGCCUGUGGCCAAAGCACAGCCCCAGGACGCAGAGCUUGAGUUGUCUCCCUGUUCCGGCCCCCACUCUCCAGGCUCCUGUUCCGGAUGUGGGUCCCUCUCUCUGCCGCUCCUGGCAGGCCUCGUGGCUGCUGAUGCGGUGGCAUCGCUGCUCAUCGUGGGGGCGGUGUUCCUGUGCACACGCCCACGCCGCAGCCCGGCCCAAGAAGAUGGCAAAGUCUACAUCAACAUGCCAGGCAGGGGCUGACCCUCCUGCAGCUUGGACCUUUGACUUCUGACCCUCUCAUCCUGGAUGGUGUGUGGUGGCACAGGAACCCCCGCCCCAACUUUUGGAUUGUAAUAAAACAAUUGAAACACC